AUGAGUACCCAACUGUCACCAGAAGACGAAAAGUAUCUGGAUAGUCUGAAAAAUUUGCUGAAAAUCAGUGAAGAGCAUGAAAAGUUGAGGAAUCUCGGGAAAAAGGAGACUCCAGAUGAGGAGGAGACGGAAGACAAUUUGAGGACAGAAGGAUCCGAGAAUCCAGUGGAGAUUCCAUUGGAACAGAUGAUUGAACCGGCUGAACGAGUCGAGCCGCUUCAAUCGAUGGUCGAACCGGAUUAUGUGAGAAAAGUGAUUCGUCAGAUGGAUACGAUGACGACAGAACAGUUGAAACAGGCAUUGAUGCGGAUUAAAGUCUCCACGGGCGGAAACAAGAAGACACUUCGAAAACGUGUUGCUCAAUACUACCGAAAGGAAAAUGCGCUGCUCAAUCGGAAGUCUGAACCGAAUUCCGACAAAACUUAUCGAUAUUUCGAUUAUUUAAUUGCAGCAGAUUUCGAGUGUACUUGUGUCGAGGUGAUUUACGAUUAUCCACAUGAGAUCAUCGAGUUGCCAGCCGUAUUGAUCGAUGUUCGGGAGAUGAAGAUUGUCAGCGAAUUUCGGUCUUAUGUUAGACCAGUCAAAAAUCCAAAACUUAGCGAAUUUUGUAUUCAAUUCACUAAAAUCGCCCAAGAAACAGUCGACGAGGCUCCAUACUUCCGUGAGGCCCUCGACCGACUCAUUCAAUGGAUGCGUCAAUUCGGUCUCGGCGAGAAGAACACUCGCUUCGCAUUCGUGACCGACGGACCUCAUGAUAUGUGGAAAUUCAUGCAAUUUCAGUGUCUUUUAUCCAAUAUUCGAAUGCCUCACAUGUUCAGAAAUUUCAUUAAUAUCAAAAAGACGUUCAAAGAGAAAUUCAAUGGACUUGUGAAGGGAAAUGGGAAAUCUGGAAUUGAGAAUAUGCUGGAAAGACUGGAAUUGUCGUUUAUUGGGAAUAAACACAGCGGAUUGGAUGACGCGAGGAAUAUUGCUCAGAUUGCGAUUCAGAUGAUGAAAUUGAAGAUUGAGUUGAGAAUUAAUCAAAAGUGCUCUUGGCAUGAGCCAUCGUAUCAUACACUUAAAGAGGAUGAAGAGAUCGGUGACCACGUGGACCUAGCGUCAAUCGACGUCUCCCGUCGUGAUUUCCAGAUGUGGCUUCGUCGUCUUCCACUGAAAUUAUCCAGUGUGACACGUCGUGAAUUCCUGAAUGAAGAGUAUUUGGACUGUGAAUCUUGUGACGAGUUGACAGACGAUAAGAACGACGCUCAAUCAUUCGAGGAUAAAAUGGCGAAUCGUGCUGAAAUCGAGACGAUUGACGAGGACGAAUUCAACAAGUUUGCCGAAGGAGCACCCGCCAAUGAGCCGACACCAACACCACCGCCCGUUAGAGAUAACGAGGAUUCGGAGAGCGAUGAGGAGGAGUAUCGGCGGGAAUUUGAAAUGAUGGAUAUUGUGGAUUCAAUAAAUUCCGAUGAACCGCCUUCAGAAGCUGUCGAGCUGAAUGAGAUCUGGCAGCGAAGGGGUAGUGAAUCGGAUGGACAAGCAGAAGGCGUGGUGUCACUUGGCGAUUACGCGUAUUCCACGUCACGUGCCACGUCAUCACUCGUCUCCACACGCGUCAUGUCAUUCGACGAUAUUCUGGAGUCGUCGUCAGUUGAGGAUAUGGAGUUGAUGGCUCCGCCCCCGAAGAACUCGUUGGCAUCGACGAAUCGGAGUAGUCGAAAUGAUAAUUACUAG